GGAACAGUAGCAGCCGCAGCAGCAGGAGCGGAAGCAGCGGCCGCAGGAAUCUCCCAGACCUUCCCUGAUGGAUGAUCUCUGUGAAGCAAAUGGCACUUUUGCCAUCAACUUAUUAAAAAUGUUGGGUGACGUGGACAACUCCCCCAAUGUGUUCUUCUCUCCCCUGAGCAUCUCCUCUGCCCUGGCCAUGGUCUUCAUGGGGGCCAAAGGAAACACCGCGGCCCAGAUGUCUCACGCACUUUGUUUGAACAAAGAGGGAGAUGUUCACCAGGGUUUCCAGUCACUUCUCACUCAAGUUAACAAAUCUGGCACUCUGUGCGUGCUUAGAACUGCCAACAGGCUCUUUGGAGAAAAGACGUGUGAUUUCCUUCCGGCCUUUAAGGAAUCCUGUCAGAAGUUCUAUCAGGCAGAGCUGGAGGAGCUGCCCUUUGCUGAAGACACUGAAGAAUGCAGGAAACACAUCAAUGACUGGGUGACAAAAAAGACGGAAGGUAAGAUUUCAGAGAUACUGGGUGCUGGGACAGUCUAUCCACUGACUAAGCUGGUCCUCGUGAAUGCUGUCUAUUUCAAAGGAAAGUGGAAUGAGCAAUUUGACAGAAAGUACACCAGGGGAAUGCCCUUUAAAGUCAACCAGGAGAAAAAGACGGUGCAGAUGAUGUUUAAGCAAGCUAAAUUUAAAACGGGGUAUGUAGAUGAAGUGCACACCCAGGUCCUGGAGCUGCCCUAUGAGGGGGAGGAGCUGAGCAUGGUCAUUCUGCUGCCUGAUGACAACACCGAUCUCACUGUGGUGGAAAAAGCACUUACAUAUGAGAAGUUCAGAGCCUGGACAAAUCCAGAAAAGAUGACUAAGGAUAAAGUUCAAGUUUUCCUUCCCAGAUUCAAGCUGGAGGAGAGUUAUGACUUGGAGUCUUUUCUUCGAAGUUUAGGCAUGACCGAUGCUUUUGAGGAAGCCAAGGCAGACUUUUCUGGAAUGUCAACCAAGAAGAAUAUGCCGCUGUCCAAGGUCGCACAUAAGUGCUUUGUAGAGGUCAACGAGGAGGGCACAGAGGCGGCCGCGGCCACUGCCGUGGUCAGGAAUGCCCGGUGCCGCAGAACUGAACCAAGAUUUUGUGCAGACCACCCUUUCCUGUUUUUCAUCAGGCAUCAGAAAACCAACAGCAUUUUGUUCUGUGGCAGGUUCUCUUCUCCAUAAAGAGGUGCAACUUCUAUACGUGGGCUCCUUUCCCUUCUGCCCACCUCGCCUUAAUUCAAAUUCCAUGUGAGCAAAUUGGUGCGGUGGUUUGAGUGCCAAAAUAAAGGGUGUGCACCUG